UGGUGCUGCUCUUUAGUACUUUCGUGAUCUUUGAAACGCUGAGACGCGCGUUCGUCGUUGUCGUUGUAGUCGUGCGUCGUUCUUUCGAAGUCACCGCGCGCGCGUUUUUGCUCGUCGUCGUCGUUGGCGGCGGGAUUCGAACCUGAGCAGGCUGGCAUCGCCUACUGUGACGACACGGGGUGCGGAAGUAAGUGUCCGAGUGCGUUCGUGAGUGUGCGGGUGGCUUCCGGAAGUGUGGAACAGGAUUAGCCGGGGAAAAACGGAGUGCUUCGAGCAGCGAAGGAAUAACGAGCAAAAAUAGCGAUAAUUUAUAGCAGCUCGGGCGAUUAAGGACACCAACGGAGCCAACGUUGGUGUGCGGUGGAAUUUUUCUGUGUAUUUCCACAUCAUUUUUUGCGGCCAUCACACCGGGGUCAUUUCCGUUCCGGCAGAAUCAUAUGUGGGGGUGGUGUGACUAGAAUGAUGAUGAUGAUUAUGCUAUCCCGAGGCUGAAGGCACACACCAUCCGAGAGUGAUGAUGAUGACAAUGAUAAUGAUUAUGAUUGCUGUCUGAGCGUAUGUGUGCUCAAUAGCCCUGGGGAAAGUGACGCUGACACAGUGUCGAAUCGUUCUGGCCGGGAGUCCUCGCAACACGGAAGUGACAACCGGAAGUGACAGUGAAAAGUGUGGAGAGGCGCUAUUAGGAAUGAAAAUCGAGUUUAUGUAAUCGAUGGAGAGCAUAGCGAAGUGCUUUUCCGGCAAACGGCGAUAAUCGUGUGAAAAUGUAUCAAGUUUGAUGGAAGUUUCCCGCAGGGGAGUGAGGGCCACGUUAAUGGGCCCUGAUGAAAAGUGAUUUUAAGUGAUCCACUGAGUGACGUCGUGCAGUAAUUUUGACUAGAGUGAUAAAAAGCGGUUAUUUUCAUCUCGACCAGCGGCGGCAGCGACGGUGGUUCCUGCGGGUGUUAUCCUUUAAUUGAGCACUCAAAAUAACGACGACUCCCACAAACUCGGAGGACUGUAACCAUCAACGAGGAAACAAUGUGUCUAAUGUUGACACUUGAGGCGAGUGAGUGACGAAAAUUUAUGCACCCCCAAGAAUCCAACCCCAAAGGCUGGGUUCCUCCCCAAGUCAUAACAAUGUUGUACGGGGAUCGCUGAAAGAAACAACAUGCAAAUGAAGUUGUAAGCCGUGGAAGCGAAUCGAAUGGUAAUUCGUCUGUAGUACUGGUACUUUGCCAAGGUCGACCUCUCUGGGACUCGGAGGCGUUUGGAAACACAGUUGAUUAUCGAAAAAAAUGAGGCUAUAAAUUUGAUUUUGCAUCAUUGAUAGCUUCACUGCUAGAGUGAAACGAGAGAGGAAUGCUUUGCAAAAAUGUAGAAAGAUGUGCUUGAACUCGUGAUUGAUCUGCUUGCCUUCAACCGGAAGCGAAGCGAAGAAGUUGUGUGAGCAAAUACAUAACCUCUCGAUAGCAGCACGUGUGAUGACAUUUUGCCGCCAACGUGAAGGUCGUCAAGGACUGGCAAUGUUUGAAGUGAAGAGGAAGAAGAAAUCGAGGAAGAAGCAAGGCACGCUGCUACCAACUGACGGAAACCGUGCCCAACGGAAGACGGUGACGGAAUCCACCGGAUCUUGGAAGGGGACAAGAAGACGAACACGUGACAGCAGCAGCAGCAGCAAGAGUAGUAAUGAUAGUGAUAAAGUGCUAAACAAACCAAGUCUGGUGCAGUCACUUGUUUCCUCCGUUCGAACGGAAAUGGUAAAACGAACAGCGGUGUUGUUGGCACUGGUUGCCCUAGUGACGACAUUUCCGGCCAGUGCCGGCAGCUACACCGACACGGAAGACCUGAUCAACGAGCUAGACAGACCGAUACCCAUAACGACGGUGAGCGGAGUGCUGGGCAAACAGGCCAGCCUGCCGUGCGACAUCCGGCCACUGGAGCGGGACGACGCGGUCUACAUGGUGCUCUGGUUCAAGGAGGAGGACAACGAGCCACUGUACAACUUCGACAUCCGGGGCCGCCAGGUGGCCCAAGCACGUCUCUUCUCGUCGGAGAAGUACUUUGGCAAGCGGGCGUUCUUCCGCGCGACCUCCCAUCCGGCCCAGCUGCUGGUAGACGAUCUGCGGCUGGCCGACGAAGGCGUGUACCGGUGCCGGGUGGACUUUCGCAACUCGCCCACCAGAAAUGUUAAAAUUAACUUCACCGUUGUAGUUCCGCCGGAUCGGCCCGUUAUCUACGACUCGAGGCGCCAGGUGAAGACCAACAUCGUCGAGCCGUACAGCGAGGGCAGCGACAUCCAGCUGAUUUGCGAGGUGAAAGGAGGUCGACCCCGGCCAAACGUGACCUGGUACCUGGACAACACGGUGAUCGACGAGUCGUACGAGGUCCGCUCGGACGGCACAACGGUCAAUCAUCUGUCCUAUCCGAACAUCGGCCGGCAGCAUCUGGACGCCCGGCUCAUGUGCGUCGCCAGCAACACCAACCUGACACCUCCGAACAAUAAAGUCGUGGUGCUGGAUGUUAAUCUGAAACCGGUGGCGGUGCAUGUACUGUUCAAGGAGAGGCACGUUUCCGCCGGCAAGCGGUACGAUAUUGAGUGCAAGAGUUCCGGUUCCCGGCCGGAAGCGGUCAUUUCCUGGUGGAAAAGUGGGAAACUGCUGAAGCGUAUGAACAAAAACUUCUCUGAGACCGGAAACCAAUCGCUUAGCGUUCUCUCGUUCACGCCGGUCGUGGAAGAUGAUGGCAAGUACCUGACCUGCCGGGCCGAGAAUCCGCUGAUUCAGGACAGUGGCAUCGAGGACAAGCUGAGACUAUCGGUGCACUAUACGCCAAUUGUAACACUAAAAAUGGGAUCAUCGUUAAAUCCAGACGACAUCAAGGAGGGUGAUGAUAUAUACUUUGACUGCCACAUCCAGUCGAACCCGAAGCCGUACAAGCUGGCAUGGUAUCAUAACGGUAACGAACUACAUCACAACGUCACCGCGGGAAUCAUCUUGUCGGAUCAUUCGUUGGCACUACAGGGCGUUUCGCGGAACAUGGCCGGCGAGUACACCUGCAUAGCGACCAACACCGAAGGUCGCGGUGCCAGCAAGGGGGAGCCUCUGCGCGUUCACUAUGCACCCGUUUGUGGCACGGACCGUGAGGAACUGCUCGGCGCACUCAAGCACGAAACGCUGCAGCUCAAGUGCGAGGUGGAUGCAUCCCCGCCGGCGGAAUCCUUCCACUGGACGUUCAAUUCAUCUGGCGAACAAACAGAGCUACCGGCCAAACUCCACUCGAGCGAGACCGGAUUAUCUCGGCUUAAUUACACUCCCACGUCGGACCUGGACUACGGCACGAUCUCCUGCUGGGGCCGUAACGCCAUCGGAGUGCAAAAAACGCCCUGUGUGUUUCAGGUUGUGGCCGCAGGACGACCGUUUGCGCUGCAAAACUGCACAAUAUCCAACCAAUCUUCUGAUUCGCUGCACAUUGAAUGCAUCGAAGGAUUCGACGGUGGCCUGCCGCAGAUGUUCCUGCUGGAGUUGGUCGAGGUGCCCGCCCUGAGACUGGUUAGAAAUUUAAGUCUUCAACAUCCACCGGUGCAAUUUUUCCUGGAUAAUCUAGAGCCCGGAACGUCGUACCGCAUCAUCCUGUUUGCAGCGAAUGCAAAAGGUCGUUCGGAGCCGGUGAUAGUGGACGACAUCACCUUCAAGGGUGUGGCCAAGUACACUGGUGUUUCCAACGUUAUGAAUGUUCCUUUAUCGCCAGUAUUAGCCGCAUUAACACUUACGGUGGCGAUUCUGUUUGCCGUAGUCUGCAUCGUGUUGGCCACCAUCUAUCGACGCCACGCUAGCAAGAACUCGUCCAAGAAGCUAAAGUCUGCCAAAAGCGCACAUCUCACUUCGACCCCGAUAGACUGCCAAAUUGACUCAUCUGCACACCACCACCAUCAUCACCAUCACCACCAGACGCACGAUCCGAACGGCAUCCAGACGCCCCUGGUGGACGGCAGCUGUGGAACGCUGGGCCGGCGGAGUCCACAAAUGGCCGGCGAGCCACCGGACGGAGAUGAAACCGAUCCGGAUGUGAUACCCAAUCAAUACGAGCGGAGGCCACCCAAGACGACGCUUCCGACUCCGCUGUUCCGGAGUCCCUCGGCACGACUCAUUCACCGGAACGGCGGCGAGCACCUGCUCCACGAGGACGAGCGCCACUGUGAUGGAUCCAGUCUGGCGUCACUGACCGGAUCGAACAGCGAAGUGCACCAUUAUUCCUUCAAGCCUAGCAAACAAAUUAGUUACGCGACGCUCGGACGUACGAACAACAGCAGCGGCAGUGUUCAGUCGACGCUCAGUCCGCUGAGCCACCAGGCGAUGGCAGUGGUUCCCUCGUCGUCGACGUCCGCGACGGCCAUGAGCACGACGCUUCCCCUGCCGUCGAUGGUGGGUGGCGUUGGCGUUGGCGUGAGCAGUUUGCUGGGCAGCCCCGCGUCACAGUCCCAACUGGGCGUCACUUCCACGCUGAACGAGUACCGGUUCAGGCCGGAAGUAGUUACGACGUCAAACCGAAUACAGGAAAGUUGUAUAUAAUAUUUUAUAAGGUGCAUCAACGUACUCCACACUUCGAUGUAGAAUGGAUUUUUUGAGUGUGGGUGUGUGAAUGAGUCCUCCCAGAAAUAUUGCUGAUUACUGUAGUGUACUCGCGUCACAUCUACGUUUUCCAUAAUGAGCAGCAUAGAUUAUUUUUCCAAUUUGCAAAAGUCAAAAUAGUCAAAUGUUCGAAUGGGUGCUGAAAGAAUGAAAAACAGAUUCAAUAUUACUCGGAAAUUUUAUGUUAAGUAGAUCAAAAGUGGAAAUGGAACUUACGAAUGAAUGUAUAUAAAGGACAACAUUAGAUGCGAAAUUCAUGUGUUGGAGAAAAAGGUGAAACGUAUGAAGUUUUAUCGACAAAUUUUAAUAGAGAAAUUUUCCCGCAGUGUGGUGACCGAUCUUUGUAAACUAUUAGCAACUAGUACAGUAUUAGAGAAAAAGAUUGAUUUUAACGUUCUAAAGGUAAAUCUGUUUGUUUAUCGAGAGUAACCAACACUAAACUAAUAUCAGAUUCAAAGCGACACAGCACAUUACUUAAGUAAAAUCGUAAGAGAAAUUGCGUUACUGACUGGACAAUAACCGCACACAUUUUGGGAAGCAUAAAGAGAAAGCAAACAAUCUACGAUCAUCAGAACAAGCAAGAAAAUUGCAGAAUAUCGAACAUACGACUGAAUCAUGUUGUUUUUAUUUCUUCGGUGAUGGGAAAACAGUCAACACAUAAAGUAAAUGAUGAAACCACCAAAAAUUAGCGUAAGAGGUGCGAUUGAGAACGAAUUCUUCAGUAGGUGAGAAACAAACAAAAAAAACGUGUGUGCAAAAGUUAAAAAAAAGCAAUUCUGACAGAUGAAAAAGUGUUGGUUUAUAACAGCAAUGACAGCUCCAAGCGAUGUAAAGUGAAGAUCAACGAUAGAUUAAUUUUGUACAAAGAAACAUACACACUCAUCAAAACGAAAAACAUGCUAACAGAUGCGCAUUAAAGAUUAUAAUAAAAUGGUGUGUACAAUAUAGGCAAAAGGCAAGGAAAAAAAAGAAACGAAUGUUGGAUGAAAUAAAUAAAUGAAGAUUUUAUGAAAAUCAAU